AUGGUGGCUAGUCUGCAGAGGGAGCUGGACAAUGCUAGGGCUAGUUCUUCCACCCAGUGUGCCGCACUACUCCCGAUAUAUAGAACCUCUCACAAGAAGGUGCAUGAUCACCAUGAUGAUUUGAAGAACCCCAAGACAAACACAAAGACAGCUGGUUUCACGCCCGAGGAGAGACAGGACUUCACAGAGCUACUGGAGGAGAGUUUCAUGGACACCUUCCGUCACCUGUAUCCCGACCUCGCUGGAGCGUACACUUACCAGUUCAACGCCAGAGCCAAGAACACUGGCUGGAGACUGGAUUAUUUCGUGGUGUCUGAGCGGCUCCUCCCUCAUGUAACUGAUGUGGUGAUUUGUAAUGAGGUGUUUGGGAGCGACCGUUGCCCAUUGGUGAUUGGAUUGACAGACCACACCCACAAGAGAAUGACGAACCCUGAAUUGAUUGGCUAUCACUAGCUGCAUUUAGCCAUUAUACGACUAUCUAACAUAGAAUGCAAACAAAUUAAUAACAGUUAAUGUGAGCACUUUUACUUAAUAUGUUCUGGUGAUGACUACGUUUUUCAUCUUUCUCCCUCUAUUUUCUAUCUGGUUGCCAUGGUGUUGCAAGAU